AGCCAGCAACAAGCGGAGAGCCUCAGCCGAGACUUUACCGAGAAUCCGAUCAUGAAGGACGAGGGAGGCAAACACAGCACCUAGUUUUACUAAUGUAGAUGUCAGCUUGUUCAGAGAGGAUACACGGGAGAGAGAGCAGCUCAGACUGGCAUCUGUCGAUCCAGCAGAUGAAAUGGCGGUGCGGCAAAGGAUUUUUAACUCAACAUUACCCUUCUCCGGCUCCUCCAAGGCCGAGCUGAAGGGGUCAUUGCCACCCUGCUCGACUGCGGACCAGGAGAAGGAGGAGGAGGAGGAAGAGGAGGGCAAGGAUAGCAAAAUGGGCUACAUAGCCUGUCCCUACAACCCUACUAUGAUGAAGUACAUGACACAUGGGACAGCAGAGCAAGUGGGAGAACUGCCACCAAAGACCUCAUCAGUCAUUGCCCAAGAAUGUGAAACCCAGGACUUACAAAAGUUUAGUCCAUCCGAUGUGAAGCCUUCCUUCGUUCCCUACCCCAACUGCCUCACCAGUCUUUCCUCAGAGCAAAACAACGUGGCGUGCCCGACCACAGCCUCCAUCCAGGAGCCGAGCAGCUCCUCAGCUCAGCUCACCCCGAGAAAGAGGACCAGGAAGAAACAGAAGCGCAAGGGGAAGAAAAAACAGGAGAACAAGAAGGAGAAGCAGCGAAAGAGACACCGAAUGCCUUCUGGUGUCCCUGAACAGGAGAGUGGAAGUUCUCUGGUUCAGAUCCUGGUGGAGUCAUCUCUUGGAGGGAGAAGCAACCUCAGCACUUCUUGCUGUAGCAGCAUAGAAAGCUCAGAAGAGCGGGACAGAGGGCCUUCUCUCUACAGCCGUCCGAUCUACAACACAGGCCCCAGCUGUUCUCCUCAGCCCUGGAGGGACAGCGUCUGCAACCACCUCUCCAGUGUCUAUUCCUAUCAGCAGGUCAGCGACUCAGACAGCAUCAGUAGUGUGGGAGACUGUUCGCUGGCCCUCGCUGGUCUCAGUGGUAGCGUCAGUCAAGGGGACCCGUGCUUCGCAGGGCCCUUUUUUAAAUACGUGGCGAGGGAGGUCAGAGAAGAGGAAGAUGAGCUCUCGGCAUCUGAUUCUGACACCAACGAGGGACUUCUCUUCUUCAAUGAAAAAUUCCACAUUGUGGACUCCGAGUACAAGGAAGGGAGGGAGUAUGUCCUCAAAGAGUUUGUCAAGGAAGGCUCCUACGGUGAAGUGCACAUUGCUCAAGAUGUCAACACGGGCUUCAAAUUUGCUGUCAAAAAGAUCGCCCUGAAGAGGUUCAGCAGUGAGGAGGUGGGUGCGUGGAGUACCCUCAGAUCUCCUCGUGUGGUGGAACUCUUUGGAGUGGUCAGAGAGGGCCCUAAUGUUGUCCUCUUCAUGGACCACAAAUCUGGCUCUCUGGGCCAGCUGAUAGCAGAGCGUGGACGGCUGCCAGAGGACCUUAGUCUCCACUACCAUUCCCAAGUCUUAGCAGCGCUGGAGUACCUAGUGAAGAAAAAAGUGGCACAUCUAGACAUUAAAGCUGACAACGUGUUGCUGUCGGAGGACGGUAGAGACACCUUCCUGUGUGACUUCGGACACGCAGAGAGACUUGACAGUCAGGGACAGAGUCUGAGUGGGUCCAAAGAUCUCAAGGGCUCGGAAACCCACAUGGCCCCAGAGAUUGUUAAAGGGGAACCCCGCGGAGCCAAAGCAGAUGUGUGGAGCAGCUGCUGUAUGUUACUGCACAUGCUCAAUGGGUGUCAACCUUGGACAAGAUACUACAAAUGCAGACUUUACCUGAAGAUCGCUAAAGAGCGUCCGCCUCUGAGAGAGAUCCCACCUGACUGCAACCCGCUCACAGCUGAAGUUAUUGAGGCGGGACUUCAGAAGGAUCCAGCCAAGAGAGCAUCGGCAUCUGACCUCAAAGAAAAAGCUGCCAGAGCUCUGAAAGAAGUGGGAGGACUCACCAGCCCAGUGAAGGGACCCUACGCUGAGCCCCUGUAUUUUGCCGACAAACCCCCUGACUCUCCGCUCAUCAACAGCAGCACUGACUGUGAGGAUGAGGAGGAGCAUCAAGAGUCUGUCGAGAAAGUGAUCACAGUGGGGAGGAAGACAAAAAAACUGGGUGAUGUCGAUGAAGAAAAGGAGGCCGAGUCAAAGCGAGGCUCGCCUUUCUGUCCACAAACGCUGAUUUCUGAGCCGAACCACAAGAGGGGCAACAAGAUCACCACAGUGCCUGAACUUGAGCUACGUAAACUGGAGCGAGAUUUCUACCUGAGCAGUCUGUCCCAGCUUCACUCGGCUGAGAUGCAGGAGCAGCUGUUGUCUUGUCUCAGCAGUGACCCGUAUACCAACUGGGAACCGUGGGACAAAAAGGACUCUGGCCGCUGGUCCAUGAGCCCAGCAGACGACUUCAGCUCUGGUGUCUUCUCCUACAGCAGUCAGCCAGAUGUGCAGCUUUUCAGCGUGGAUUUGCUGAGUCACACACAGCUACCGCCCCCCUGCUGUUUUGAAGGGGUGGAUGUCUGCAUCAGAGACUUCAACAGGAGAAGCAUCCGCAUCAGAGAGACACGCCGGGUGAAGAUUGGCCACAUCGCCACUGGAAUCAGUGAUCAGAUCUCUGAAAGGGUUUUCACCUUGGAGACCCAGCAGGGCCAGCACGUCGCUCAUGAUGACGAGGUGCAGGAGUCCGGUCUGGAGCUCUGCUGUGUUCCUGCUCCUGACUACAACCAAGCCUGGAGGUGGAGGAUCAGAGACGGAGUGCUGGAGACGAGAUAAAGGCCACAGCUCUCUCCUCAAAUCAGCCACAGCCUCUUCUUAACUGUUACAUGUGGCCUUCUGUUGAAUUGUCUCAAUGUGCUUUCAUGAGGUGUUCAAAGAAAUCAGAUGAAACUGCCUUUUAGCCGACAGUUUUGUUGUUGUGGUGUUGCUUCUGGUCUCUUAAGUGCUUAUUACUCUGUCAAAGCACUGAACUUUUGACCACUGUGAUGUUUACAUGUUGCACCUUUUCUUGUUGCUUGUUUACAUUGAGUCAUUAAAUGGUUAAUGAAGCUACA